CAAUUUGACAGUUGUAGAUACGCAGCCAGAAAAUAGUAAACAACAUUCUGGAUUUCUUGCUGUUUGAGCUGAAAACUCUUCAAUAAUGUCUUUUGACACGAUUCCAAAGGAUCUGAGAGGAUUGAGGGCGUGCUUAGUGUGUUCUCUCGUUAAGACUUUUGACCAAUUCGAAUACGAUGGAUGCGACAAUUGCGAGGAGUUCCUGAGGAUGAAGAACAACAAAGAGAUGAUCUAUGACUGCACCAGCAACAAUUUCGAUGGGUUGAUCGCCGUGACGAGUCCGGAAGACAGCUGGGUGUGCAAAUGGCAGAGAAUAAAUCGAUUUACUAAAGGAAUUUACGCUAUUUCUGUGGCCGGAAGGCUUCCGAACGGCAUCAUUCGGGAGAUGAAGCAAAAGGGCCUCACAUACCGACCCAGAGACACGAGUCAGCGGUAGAUUCUAUUCCACAAACUUCUCAUGUGUUUUUCCCCGAUAUUCUGUAAUAAAUAAUUGAACAGGAGUUGAAGAAAUGCAUUUUUUCUCCU